GUGAGGAGGCGGGGCGCACGCCGCGGGGGACCUCUCCCUCGCGUCCUCCCUGUGGUCCACGGGUCUGCUUGGCCAGAUCCGCCGCCUGGCCGGGAUAGAAGGCGAUAGCGCGGUCAAGGGGGCGCCGCCGGGACAAGCUGGGAGCCGGGUGCUCCGGGUGUAGGGACGGUGACCCGGCAGCCGGACAGGCGUGAGAAUAGAUCCACGGACCUUAGAAGGCGAUCCCAGGGCGCAGACCUGAGCAGAUGUGAAACUGAGCCGGCUAGGAGCGAGAAACUGAUCAGCUCCCGGCGCAACGGCGCGGCGGGCUCCAGUGUCCUCUGAAGGCGCCCGGAGCAGGUGAACAGGUCCUCACUCUCCGCACCGCGCCCUUGAGCGCUCUGGUCCCCGCCCCGGCUCGCGCUCAGUCAUGGGCUCCGGCCCCAACCGCGCGCUCCGAGCCCCGCGCCGGAUGCUCUGCGCGCUCGCUUUGAUGGUGGCGGCCGGCGGUCGCGUCGCCUCCGCCUUCAACCUGGACACCCGAUUCCUGGUGGUGAAGGAGGCCCAGAACCCGGGGAGCCUCUUUGGCUACUCGGUCGCCCUCCAUCGGCAGACAGAGCGGCAGCAGCGAUACCUGCUCCUGGCUGGUGCCCCCAGGGAACUCGCUGUGUCUGAUGGCUACACCAACCGGACUGGUGCUGUGUACCUGUGUCCCCUCACUGCCCACAAGAACGACUGUGAGCGGAUGGACAUCACGGAGAAAAGUGACCCUGACCAUCACAUUAUUGAGGACAUGUGGCUCGGGGUGACUGUGGCCAGCCAGGGCCCUGCAGGCAGAGUCCUGGUCUGUGCCCACCGCUACACCCAGGUGCUGUGGUCAGGGUCGGAGGACCAGCGGCGAAUGGUAGGCAAGUGCUACGUGCGGGGCAACGACCUAGAGCUGGAUGCCAGCGAUGACUGGCAGACCUACCACAACGAGAUGUGCAACAGUAACACCGACUACCUGGAGACGGGCAUGUGCCAGCUGGGCACCAGUGGAGGCUUUACCCAGAACACCGUGUACUUCGGAGCCCCUGGUGCCUACAAUUGGAAAGGAAACAGCUACAUGAUUCAGCGGAAGGACUGGGAUUUAUCUGAGUAUAGUUACAAGGACCCAGAGGACCAAGGAAACCUCUACAUUGGAUACACGGUGCAGGUAGGCAGUGCCAUCCUGCAUCCCAUGGAUAUCACUGUUGUGACGGGUGCCCCACGACACCGACAUAUGGGGGCGGUCUUCUUGCUGAGCCAGGAGGUGGGCGGAGACCUGCGGAGGAGGCAGGUGCUGGAAGGCACGCAGGUGGGCGCUUAUUUUGGCAGCGCCAUUGCCCUGGCGGACCUGAACAACGAUGGGUGGCAGGACCUCCUGGUGGGUGCUCCCUACUACUUUGAGCGGAAAGAGGAAGUCGGGGGUGCGGUCUACGUCUUCAUGAACCAGGCGGGCACCUCCUUCCCUGCCCACCCCUCCCUCCUCCUUCAUGGCCCCAGUCGCUCUGCCUUCGGCUUCUCUGUGGCCAGCAUUGGUGACAUCAACCAGGAUGGAUUCCAGGAUAUUGCGGUGGGAGCCCCGUUUGAAGGCCUUGGCAAAGUGUACAUCUACCACAGCAGCUCCAGGGGGCUCCUCAGACAGCCCCAGCAGGUAAUCCAUGGAGAGAAGCUGGGGCUUCCUGGCUUGUCCACCUUUGGCUACUCUCUGAGUGGGCAAAUGGACGUGGAUGAGAACUUCUACCCAGACCUGCUUGUAGGGAGCCUGUCGGACCAUAUUGUACUGCUGCGGGCUCGGCCCGUCAUCAACAUCCUCCACAGGACCUUGGUUGCCAGGCCAGCUGUGCUGGACCCUACACUGUGCACAGCCACCUCUUGUGUGCAAGUGGAGCUGUGCUUUGCUUACAACCAGAGUGCUGGGAACCCCAACUACAGGCGAAACAUCACCCUGGCCUAUACCCUGGAGGCUGACCGGGACCGCCGCCCGCCCCGGCUGCGCUUUGCCAGCAGCCAGUCAGCUGUCUUCCAUGGCUUCUUCUCCAUGCCUGAGACGCGCUGCCAGACACUGGAGCUGCUCCUGAUGGACAAUGUCCGCGACAAACUCCGCCCCAUUGUCAUCUCCAUGAACUACUCUUUACCCUUGAAGAUGCCUGAGCGUCCCCGCCUGGGGCCACGGUCCCUGGACGCCUAUCCGGUCCUCAACCAGGCGCAGACUCAGGAGAACCACACCGAGGUCCAGUUCCAGAAGGAGUGUGGGCCUGACAACAAGUGCGACAGCAACUUGCAGAUGCAAGCGUACUUCGUGUCUGAGCAGCUGCAGCGGCUGGAAAGGCUCCAGUACAGCAGAGACGUCCGGAAACUGCUCCUGAGCAUCAAUGUGACCAACACCCCAAGCAGGGAGAGGGCUGGGGAAGAUGCCCAUGAGGCAUUGCUCAACCUGGAGGUGCCUCCUGCCCUGCUGCUGUCCUCAGUGCGCCCAUCUGGGACCUGCCAAGCCAAUGAGACUAUCCUGUGCGAACUGGGGAACCCCUUCAAACGGAACCAGAGGAUGGAGCUGCUCAUUGCCUUUGAGGUCAUAGGGGUGACCCUGCACACAAGGGACCUUCAGGUGCAGCUGCAGCUCUCCACAUCAAGUCACCAGGAUAACCUGCGGCCCGUGACUCUGAAACUAUCUGUGGACUACACGCUCCAGGCCUCGCUCAGCAUGGUGAAUCACCGGCUACAAAGCUUCUUUGGUGGGACUGUGAUGGGCGAGGCUGGCAUGAAAACUGUGGAGGACGUGGGAAGCCCUCUCAAAUAUGAAUUCCAGGUGAGCCCAGUAGGGGAGGGAUUGGUGGCCCUGGGGACCCUGGUCCUGGGUCUGGAGUGGCCCUAUGAAGUCACCAAUGGCAAGUGGCUGCUCUACCCCACGGAGAUCACCGUCCAUGGCAAUGGGUCCUGGCCCUGUUCGCCACCCGGAGACCUUGUCAACCCUCUCAACCUCACUCUCUCUGACCCUGGAGACAGGCCACCAUCUCCCCAGCGCAGGAGGAGAGAAUUGGACCCAGGGGGAGGCCAGGGCCCACCACCUGUUACUCUGGCUGCUGCCAAAAAAGCCAAGUCUGAGACUGUGCUGUCCUGUUCCACUGGCCGUGCCCGCUGCGUGUGGCUGGAGUGCCCCAUUCCUGAUGCCUCCAUUGUCACCAAUGUCACAGUGAAGGCUCGGGUAUGGAACAGCACCUUCAUCGAGGAUUACAGAGACUUUGACCGUGUCAGGGUAGAUGGCUCAGCUACUCUGUUCCUACGAACCAGUGUCCCCACUAUCAACAUGGAGAACAAGACCACGUGGUUCUCUGUGGACAUUGACUCUGACCUGGUGGAGGAGCUACCAGCUGAGAUCGAGCUGUGGCUGGUGCUUGUGGCUGUGAGUGCCGGUCUGCUGCUCCUGGGGCUGAUCAUCCUCUUGUUGUGGAAGUGCGGCUUCUUCAAGCGAGCCCGCACUCGCGCCCUGUAUGAAGCUAAGAGGCAGAAGGCGGAGAUGAAGAGCCAGCCGUCAGAGACGGAGAGGCUGACGGACGACUACUGAGGGGGGCAGCCCCCACCCAGGCCCACCCGGUGUGACUUCUUUAAGCGGACCCGCUACUACCGGAUCAUGCCCAAGUACCACGCGGUGCGCAUCCGGGAGGAGGAGCGCUACCCAGCUCCAGGGAGCACUCUGCCCACCAAGAAGCACUGGGUGACCAGCUGGCAGACUCGAGACCGAUACUACUGACAUCCUUCCUGACCCCACUCCCUCCUCCCCUGGUGUCCCCUUUCUUCCUAUUUAUCAUAAAUUAUGCCUUUGACAGUCCACAGGGGCCAUUGCCUUUGGCUGGCACCAGCAGAUCAAGGCACACACUCGUCUUUGGGCGGAGGCAUGUGCUUCUGGCUGCGGACACCUCCCAGCGGGACCUUGCAAUGCUGAGCACAUGGCAGCCCUGUGCCCUAGACACGUGGAGCCUGCCGCUUGUGCCCUGGGCUCGUGCACCAUGUGUGGUACAUGGACGCACCCCGUCCCAGUCUCUGCCUACGCCAGAACCUAGCCAAGGGGCCUCAAUGUGGUGACGCCUACCCCUUUCACACUGGAUCCAUCUUGAGCCAUAGUCACUGGACCGAUUUUGCUGUUGAGAGUAAACUACUGAUGGGAAGCAGCCAGCUGGGCCCAGCAACAGAGUUGGGGUUCCAUUAAAGGCUGUCCAGGGGCGUCCAGCAUGCUGUGAUCCAGGAGCAAACAAACUAGAAAGAAGGUCCCAGGGUGGCUUUCUUUCAUGGACCUCUUUGAAGUAUCUCUCCGUGGAACUAGCAGGGCAGACAGCCCAAAGGAACAGAGACAGACAGCAGGACAUCCUGGACCAGAGGCUCUGGGCCUGCCCUGGAGCUUGAUGGAAGUCUCUAGAGAGCAGGAGACCAGUCCUGAGCCAGGCAGACGGCAGGACGCAGAGGAGAUACCAAUCCUGAUCCCCUGCUACCACCCCAGCCUCAGAAAGGCCUGGAAAGACCACAGAGGGAGCGACGCUUGAAUGUAGGGCAGGGAAGGAGCCUGUCCCUGAUCCCACCCCAGGCCAGGCUCCACUCUGGUGCCCCCCGCCCAUGAACUGGGGGCUUAGAGGUGGAGUCCUUGACUGUCCUCAGCUUCCAGAGCCAACGUGGCUCUGCCCCCUCCCCAAUGGGCUACAGAGGAAGCCAAGGCUUGUUCCCAGGACCUCUCCUGGCCCCUGCCCACCCCCUCCACGGUACUGUAGCAGGGAGCUCCUGCCCGCCUCGUGCCUUCUUUGUACACAGGCUUCUCACUGCAACCAAUAAACUUCUCCCAGUUUGUA